CUUAACAUUUCCCUCUCUCUCUCUCUCUCUCUCUCAUUCGUGAAAACAUGUCGUACACCGGGAACGUCACCGGCCCCGCUAUCGCCUUGGUAACCGACAAAGAUUUCUUUUGCUACCAAUGUAACCGUACCGUCACCGUAACAAUCUCCCCUUCCUCUGACCCUUCUUGUCCCUUAUGCAAUGACGGCUUCCUCGAAGAGUACGAAAACCCUAACCCUAAUUCCGGCUUCGACUUCCUUAAUCCGGGUCAAAUUCCGUUUGACGAUCUCCAUUCAUCGUUACCGGAUCCGUUCUCUGCCCUUCUACCCCUCCUUUUAUCUUCAUCAUCCCCGGCUUCCGCUGACCGUAGCACCGCUAAUGUAUUCGGGUCGUCGCGGUCAGGUCGGGGUGACCCGGUCGCCUUCGAUCCGUUUACCUUCUUCCAGAAUCAUCUUAACGAUCUCCGUUCGAGUGGGGCGAAUAUCCAGUUUGUGAUUGAAAAUAAUUCGUCUGAGCCGGGCUUUCGGCUUCCAGCUAACAUUGGGGAUUAUUUCAUCGGACCGGGACUCGAGCAACUGAUCCAGCAGCUUGCUGAGAAUGACCCGAAUAGAUAUGGAACGCCGCCGGCAUCGAAAUCAGCUAUGGAUGCUCUACCGUCGGUGAAGAUAACGAAGAAUCACUUGAAUUCGGAGUUCAACCAGUGUGCAGUUUGCAUGGACGAGUUCGAGGAAGGGACUCAAGCGAUGCAAAUGCCUUGUAAGCAUCUUUAUCAUAAAGAUUGUUUAUUUCCGUGGCUGGAAUUGCAUAAUUCGUGCCCUGUGUGUCGUCAUGAAUUGCCUACGGAUGAUCCUGAUUAUGAGAGGAGGGUUCGUGGGGCACCUGGCACUCGUGGUGGUAGUGAUGGCAGCGGUAGCGCUGCUGCUAGUAGUGUGCAGAGCUCAACAGGGGAUAAUCGGAUUGUAGAAAGGAGUUUUAGGAUAUCGCUGCCCUGGCCUUUCGGGAGUCGUGGCUCAGGUGAUAAUCCCGAACCCAGGCAAGAAGGUUUGGAUUGAGUAUCCAUGAAGUACAGUGAAACAUCAGCUAUUUCUUACAUGCGGGGGAUGGUGACAAAUUAGGUUCUUUCGAAUAUGGGAAAGCAGAGUUCAUGUGUAAAAAUGGAGAAAUAAGCUUUAGUUUGGUUACAUACAUUUUAAGGAAGUUAUAGUUUGGUAUUUGAGAUUUUACAUAUACAUACAUUUGAACGUUUUACAGCUUUGGUUAUUUA